AUGGAAAUUCCAGCAAGAGAAUCGCCAGAAGCUAAUCGAAGCCGGCUUGAAACGCUGGGAGAUCGGCGAAAUCGCCUCACGAAUCGGCCAGCUCUAUUUCGGACAGAUGUGAGCAUUGCGAAUAAACAGUUGAGAUUCUUGGCUAGGUUUUUGACGGUUUGUUUGCUUUUGAAUCGGAGGGAAGUGUUGCAGAAGUUGGUUGAUCGGCUUAAGGUGUUGGUUGAGGAGUGUAAGAGAGUCUUUCAGGAUAGUGAUUUUAAGGAAUGGAAGGUCGUUGUGCUGGAAAUUGGGAGGUUUUUGAAGGCGGAUACUGCUUUUAUGAAUGUUAGACCCUUGAGAUAUAGUUUGGUUUUGGAUUCUCAUCCUGAUAAUUUGCCACAUGUUCCUGUUGCUGUUGCGAAGCGGAAUUUGAAAUUGCGAGAUGCUGUGUUGAGUAGCUUUCAUCAUAACGAGGUUAAGUUUUCGGAGCUCACUAUUGACACUUUUAGGAUGCUUCAAUCUUUGGAAUGGGAACCUAGUGGCUCGUUUUACCAAUCUAGUGGCUCAAAACUUAGUCAUAAUGGGGCAGCCGGGACUGGUCGUGUCAGUUACUUACAAGAUAUUGUUGAUCCUACGUUACCGGCAAACCCACGGAAAGCUAUAUUAUACCGUCCUUCGCUGACACAUUUCGUAGUUGUUCUUGCCACAAUUUGUGAGGAGCUUCCAUUGGAUGGUGUUCUCCUUGUAUAUUUGUCAGCUUCAGGAGCAGGAUCUAGUGGGGCUGGACAUAAUGAAUCUGGUUGUUUAAACUUUGGCUCCCGUGGAGAUAAAGGAUCAAACUGCAUAUGUCCAUCUGACUUUCUACCGUUUACUAUAAGACCACUUCUUUUAGUCAUUGAUAAUGAGAACAACAAAGCUUUUAAGGUUAUAACAGAGGCAAGUAAAGGAGAGUCAGUGGCAAUGCUCCUUUCUCCAAGCCGCCUGCCUCCUAUUGCGUCUGAUUUCUCACACUCCUCAAACGGGAGCUUAUUCACCAUGUUUCUUACAACUCCUCUGCAAUCUUUCUGUCUGCUGCUAGGAUUUUCAGGCACUGAUAUUGAUUUGGACUUGUACAAUAAAGCUGAAACACUGCUCUCGUCAUCAUUAAAUAACUGGGGUAUGGCGUUGGCAUCAUCAGACACACUUGAUCCAAUUUGGGGACAGGUUUUAGGUGAUCCAUUCAUAAAGGAGGCCGGGGAGCCUAACGCAACUGCACUUGGAUAUUAA